AUGGCGUCGAAUACGGCUGACGAUUGGCGCUCCAUGGCAUUCCGUCAGAAAGUUCUCUCUCAAAUGUAUGUUUUGGUCAUAAGCAGGAGACAAAUUGCCUUCGUAGAGCAGAGAGUUUCCUUUAUGGUCUGGCUUUGUCAACAAACUGUUAUUUAGGUGUUUUAAAUGUGUUUUUUUCUUCAACGUGCUUAGCUUCGUAUUUCCGUUUCAGAGAGAAAGCGUUACAAACGUCUGGAAAUCCAAAGCUGAUGAUGAAAAACCCCCGUGAAAUGGAGAAUCAAGUGUAUCUCAGGGCGGAAACAAAGGUUUGUGCACAUUCUUUAAUUGUUUCAUUAUGUAAGGAACGCUUUAUUACUUGCAAUAUUGCCUUGAUUUUGUGAUAUUGUUUUGAAUCCUGUUGAAUACACUUUGAUUCUGAUCGUUUCACGAACGUCGCCAAAGUCUCAUUAGUUCUUGUCUGAUUUUCGUUCUGACAUCUAUAAUGUAAAAUGGCUUUCAUUAGAGAGAGAAAAGUGAGGUUACGAUAUAUUUGUACGUGUAUUAAAAGCGAAUGACAGUGGUCAAUGCAAGCUUUAUUGUAUGAUUCUCUUGUACGGUUUAUAUGCUUUAUUUUACACCUGAUAUUAUACCUGUGAAACCUCUUAAAAUAAUGGGAGCUUAUUAAAAGUCGUCUACCAAGGUUCCAACCACACCAAAUACCCAGACACAAAUUUAAGAAACAAUUUAAAGAAUGUGCUAUAUAUAUAUAUACUUUAAUUUCUGGAGUUUUAGGCUUAUCAUCUUUUACACUGUAUGUUUACACUUCUGACCUUUAGUUAACUAAUUUGCUCCUGAACGGCUUGUAACCACCUUUGCCGAUCCACAUCCCUUCUACCACCUGUGAUGCAUUCACUUUUAACGGUUAAUGGCAGCUGUGAUUCUUAACUUUUACGUGGAAAAGAGAUUUUGCAAACCAUACUGAAAUGAGCACAAUUCAGUUGAGUAAGGGUGUUGUGAAAAACACUAAAAACCAUGUAAAAUUGAGCAGAAAAUUCCAAUAGAAAUCUUGUUCCACUACCCACCUUCACUUCCUUCCAUCUAAUCUUAGGAUACUAAAAGCUUUUCCAGGAACUUUUUCUUUCAAAUUGAAGCAUACUUAAUGGCCAGCUAAACAAAAAACGGGGCAAGAAAACGUAAGGAGGAGGAGAGAAAAGUAAAAGUCGAGACUGCUGUCUCUUUUAAUCUCAAAACUUUGCUUUCUGCACAUGCUCAAGCUUUGGAAGCUGAUAUUUAGCAUGUGGAAAAGAAGUCCAGGAAGUGCUGGAUACAUAACAAAGAUUUUCUUUCAGUUUUGGUUCAUUUUAACCAGACAGUAACCAGAAAAUGGCUUGAAUAGCUUUAAAGGGCAUAAUUAUUCGGCAAAAUUCCCAGGAGGAAAUGGGGUAAUAAUAAUUAUUAUUCAUAAACAGUGCUGAUUUUGAACGGGACUUUGAGUGAGAUGUUCAGUGAGUUUGUUAAAUUUCAGAAAGGUUUCCAUUGAGUCCCUUGGUGGCAAUGGAACACCGGCUGUCUUAGUAGCUAAGAUUCACAAGUUUGAUUCACAGUGUCUACAAGUAACUGUCAUAAGAUGUAUUAACUCAACAAAAUUUUUCAUUUUCUUUUCAGGUUGACUACCUGUCAUAUGUUGCACGUCUUUUGGUUUACAUUCGAGACAUUCGAGGUAUAAGUAAGCAACACUCAAACAUUUCUUUUGUAUGCUUUAAACUUUGCAGCAUGUGCUGGUAGAAAGGUUCAGUCGGGAAUUAGGGUGUUCUGGAUAGAAAUUCAAAAUUUCUUCCCCUUAGGGUUGUGCAUUGUACCAUCAUUGGGGUUCAAUUCUAAUUAAGCAACAAGCAUCCCCAUCCUUUUAUAUUGGAGUCCAACCCCCCUGGCCCCCCUGGAAUAUUAUCAUUCCUGCAUGAACCAUUAUCAUAAUGGCCAGUGAUUGUAUUCAACAGUAUCUAAUUCACCAGCUCAGGGUUGUCAAAAGUAGUCAGCUGCCAGCGAAAAUCGCCGGCAUUUCUUUAUGGAUGGAGUUUUUUUAAAUAAAAUAUCCCUGGACUGGUCAACAACUGGACAACUCAGCCGUCUACUUCAAAAUUUUUUGAUAACCUUGCCAGCUGGUUCUUAUUUUUUAUCUCUUGAUAUGUUACAAAAUGAAUUUCCUCUUGAUAGAUUUCUAAAAUGUUGAUCUAAAACACUUUUAAGCUACUGUAAUGUUCAAAUUAGCACCUGGGGAUGCUCAUUUAAUUUUUGACGGAGAGUGGUUGGCAGAUUUUGUAAGGGGUGUGAUUGUCUCGGUAUAAUGAUCGUCUUGGUGUAACCAACUUUUGUCACUGUACUCAAGCACUAUUGCCAGAGUAACCUGAGAUCAGGCUCUAUUUUCGUUUCGCUUUGAAAAUUACAUUCCGGCGGCCAAGGGGAAACGAAAAGACAGCCUGAUACAAACCUUCUACGAAACGUCUGCCGCCCACUUUUUUGAUUGAGUGACAUUUGCCGAAUAAGCCAACCAAAAUUACUUCCGUUGCUUGUUUUCUAGUAUGCAAAUUUUUCACGCGUGAGAAAAAUGCAGACAAAAGCUUUUAUCUGUUAAUUUUUUCAGCUAAAAAUAAAACAGUCAGCACAAUCACAUUUACUAGUAACUUCUUGAGAGAUUAAGGGGGAUCUCGAAGGUUAUUUCUGUUGGCGUAGAGGGUGAAAAGUUUUCGAAAAGACGGGGACACAAUUUUCUACUAGUUUUAAUAUUCUGGCUAGGCGCACUCGAAUUUAAAAUAGUGAAAUUUCUUUUUCUGUUUCCUUAAUAUUUUCCUUGGCAAUUUUCUCUGAUUUUCAGUACAUAAAUCUUUAAAAACAAAAGCAAACAGCCAGUGAGUGAGGACACCAGUUUUCCUGGUUUGUUUUUUACAAAAAGCGAAGGCAAACAACCAGUCUGUUACCUUAAGCCACCAGCUUUUAUAAUAAUGCCUACAAAAAUUCCUUAAACAGCGAUGUGAUAUUUUUCGUCUAACACUUCACAGUUGGCGAUUGAGGUUUCUUUCGCAGUGAGCCUCCGCUUGCCUACCCCAUUCAGAGAAGUCAUUCCCGGCUAAACUUUCAAAUGAAACCAGUUUUAAGAUUUAAGAUUUUAAGAUGAUUUGCACUCGUUUGUUGGUAAAUCAAAAGGCACCUUGUUAGUGGUCAACAACUUGCAGAGGGAUUCAACUCCACUAUACACUCACAUUAGUUUCAUAAAUAAAGCAAAUCCUAAGAAGAUAUGAACAACCAUAUGAAUUUUCUGAAUUUCCAUGGCACAUAUUAAGGCACAUUUUCCUACCAUAAGACCGUAAAACAAUAAAACCAACGGCAAAAUCGAUCCUUCUCUCCGCCGCCGCCGGAUCAUUCACGAAAACAACCACGCGAGGAAUAAGCUCUUUCAACUUCCGGCGUUUCCGACAGCCAAUCAGAUCUUGUGGCAUUGUUCUAACAGCCAAUCAGCUUUAUGGCCAAAAUCUGGCCGUAAUGAGCACAAACGUGAGAGAGUUUGUGUCAGGCCCAAUUUUAGUGGUAGCGAUUAGAGAGAAUGUAUGAGAAAUGCUAAAAUUGGGCCUGAUCUCAGGUUAUUGCCAGAGGAGCUGCAUCUUUACCAUUUGACUGUGUGAUGUCCUCAAAUGGGUCAUUCUCUUACUCUAGUGAUGGUAUAUGUUCUACUUUAUUCAUUGAAGAUUAUAUUCAGUAAAGAUAGUUGGGGGUGGGAGGGGGGGGGCUUAAUUAGAAGAAGUGCUUAAUUAAUAUUUUAACCUAAAGGGCAGUGGUUAUUUAAAGGGGGUGGGGAAGGGGGGCUAAUUUGUGCACUUAAGGAAGGUAACUAUUAAAAGUGAUGAGUUACUUUCAAUAAUAGGGCCCACUGCUCUAGGGCAGCAACAACCACAAGGAGUUAACAUGACUCCACAGCCUGGAAUGAGAGCACAAUUUCCAACUGCUAUUACCAAGCAACAAGGAGUUGGUGCCAUGGGAGGCACCCAGAACACCCCACAGCAGCUGCCAAUGCAACACCUACAACAGGCUGUCAAACUGCCUGCCAGCUUAUCGCAAGCUCAAGGUCAAGGUCAAGUCUUUGACCGGUCGGGACUGACUCAACAACAGCUUCUUAGUCAGCAUCUCUUGCAACAACAAAUGCAGGCUCAAACCUUACUUGGUCAGCAGCAGGCUGCUCGUGGUUUUGGAUCACAGGGUCAAAUGGCACAUCACCAAUUGAGUCAAUCACAGACCCAUGUUAAUGUGUCAGCUGGACAAGUGGUAUCUCCAAUGCCUGUUCAACAGCAAACAGUUCAUCAAGGUUUGUUUAAGUUCUAGAUACACUCUACAUGUCUUCUGAUAUCUUUAAAUUGUAUACUUUAACACAGUCAGCCAUACCAUAUUACUGUUUGAACUGAUUAUGCAAAUUAAACACGUCAAUUGUCAAAACUAGUAUGACUAUUGGUAGCUACUGAAAGUUUUUUUCUUACUUUAUCCAUUACCUACUGACUGUUGUUACAAGAGUUGUUGUUAUUUUGUUUCCGUUGGCCACAAUCUGAAGAUUUUUGCAUGCAAAUUGCCAACUAAAGUUGCAUUGUUUCUGGUAAAAACAUUCAGCGUUUUGGUUUUGGGCAAAGUAGUGUUCUUUGAAUAUGAAUAACAUUUUUGUUUGUAUUCUUUGGGGAGGAGUUUUCUGCAAGCAUUGCACAUCAAAGAAAUAAUGCUCGGUAAUUUUUUUUUUAGCACAACAACCCAAGCAUGGUGUUCCACGCAUGCCACACAUUCCUUCUCCUACAGCAGCAACAAUGUCAUCCACUUCUACCAUGCGGGCACCAACUCCUUCCACUGCCCAGCACACGGCUCACACAAGCCAGCCCACUUUUGCCCCAUCACCGGCACCUCCAUUUGUUCCAUCUCCUGCUAUGCAGCACCCUUCACCUUCUCCUCAGGUAAGAUGUCAUUAAGGUUGCAUUCACAUAUGGUUGUUACACUAGUUCACUAGUGGUAGAGUUGAAGUUGGAGUUGUAAUCAGAGUUGCAAGGGUGCCUAAAUAAAAUCAGUGUCUCAACAUAUUUUGUGUGUGUGACAAUGUACUAACUUUUUUGUAAAAUUAUUUAAAAUAAUACAAUCUAUGAUGACAACUUAGGGACUGUCAGACUAAAUUACAAACUUGGAUUUUACUUAGUACACAGUUUUUCUUAUUUAUCGGUACCUCACCUUACUUGUCCUCUGCCUGUAAAACUGUAAAUAACAUUUUGCAAUAGCAUUUCUCUGGCUAUUUUGUUAUGAUAAAGAUUUUCAAUUUUCUUGUACAGCAUGGUGUAGCAGCUUCACCAGCAGCCCCUGCAUCAGUGCCCACGCCAAGCACCACAAAUGUCCAGUCACCAGCUUCAAUGCUGAACCCAGGGUCUGUUGGUCCUGUAGCCAGCCCACUCAAUCCUGCUGAAGAACAGGCGUAUUUGGAGAAGGUGUGUCUUAAAAUUAAGUUAAUGUUCAGGGCUCAAAAAAGUCCCUUCCUGCAGUCCGGGACGAAUAGAUUUUCUUGCUAAGCAAGUAGCUUUUAAAACUUACUAAACCAAUGGGCAAGGGUCUAGGCAAGUCAAGCUCUAAUAAAGUCAUUAAUCAAGAGGAGCAAGAAGUGGCCCCGGGCAAUUAAAAAUUUGAGAGCUGCUUACCCAAAGGACAAGCUGGAAUCCAAGUUUUUUUCGAGCAGUUGAAUGUUGUCAUUGUUGCACUGUUAUCCUAAAACAGUGUUCAAACAGUAUGAUAGGGAUUUGGAAUAAUCAAUGUUGUGGAGUGACAUUGUUAAGAAAGAUUCUCAAGGGCAAUGGUUUCUAUCCUGAGAUCCAUCAAGAGUAUAUAUCGCCCUUACUGCCACUUUUGACAUGGUUUACAGCCCCUUAUUUUCCAUACGAUCACUGCCUGGAAUCAAGAGUUUACUUGCUUUUGAACUUUUUUGAGAAGCAAAGACUGCAGGCAGUCUGACCUUGGUUACAGUCAAGUCUGCCAGUAAUUAAAGACGUUCUCAAUUUCAGUUACAAGAACUACAACCUUAUGUCCAGCCACUGGCCAGGAUGAUGAACAAGUUGAACAGGGAAAACAGAGAUAAAGGUUGGUUUUCAGGGCUGUGCUUAGGCUCGAUUACUAGCCGCUGUUCAGGGAGGAUCAAAGACCAGACCCAGGAGAGGGCGGAAUCGAGCCUAGGCUUUGCUCAAUAAGGAGAUUUUUAUCAUAAUACACAGCGUGCAAAGAAAGUCGUGUCCGAUAGCCCAGGGCUAGAGGAUUUUGCUAUUGGGCUAGUGAUUUUGUUCUUAACUUACCUGACAGGCAAGUGCUGUUUUUGGGGAAAUUCAAAUUGUAGAAGGAUUGUAAUCAAUCCUGCUAAUCAAAAAGGGUUUUGGUUAAAUGACUUGUGGGCUAGUACUUACUAGCUAAAGCUUGCCUGAAUAGCAGGCUGUAAAACUGACUUUCUUUGCACCCUGGAUACAUGAAGUUUUUGUGCUAAUGGUAUGCAGAAUCCCCUGAAUUUUAUAGGUUCACAGCCCGUGGGAUCCUUGAAAUUUUUCUUAAAAUCUCAGCCAUGAUCUCUCUGGUACACAUGUGGGUGGGAAAAUAAAUUUUCAACUUUGUUUGGGAUCUGGUGAAGCAGUUCUAUAGAAAAAAAAUGACAAUUUAGGUCAUUUCAUCAUGUUUUUGUCUUCCAUGUUUCUUAAUAAUUAUUAUGUUUCCCUCUACCUUGUUCCUAUGUCCAUCUAAAACAGCAACCUAACCAUCUCUACAUCAGGGAAUUUACGAUUCAACAAGAUGAUGGCAAUGAGAACAUGGCUUAAAAACUGAAUUUGUGUUCUUUCAGUCUUUGAAGUGAUUAUUCCUACCCACUUACUUUGUCAAAUGUAGGUAAACCCUCCCAAAGUUGAAUUCCAAGGGACCAUAAUUAUCCAAGUUCAGAAAAAAAAUAAAAUUUCAUGGUUGCUCAUUUAUGUUCUCCAUAAAAUGCAAAAUUAGGCAUUUUCACAUCGUAGAAGUACAGAAACGGCAAACAAGUGUACAAAAAAGUGUGAUGCUCGAGUGCAAAGUUAUUGUUUUGCUUAUUAAUUCUAUUGUUUUUUUUUACGUUUUCGUUGCCGUCGUGUUGUUGGAUCUUGAAGACCCUAUUAUCUAGGAAAAACACUUACAGAUUGCAGUUGAAAAAAUUAAUCACAUUGUAUAAAAUUAUGACUAACUUUUAUCAGUAUCUUUUGCAUGCUAUAAGUUGGGACGAACAAAAAAAGAAUAUAUGAGUGCGAGAAAAUGAAAGUCGAGGACUGGGCAAAGACAUGGGGGAGGGCCUUCCUUUUUUGCCCAGAACAUGCUACCACUUUAGUGACAAUUGUACUAGUCAUCAUAACAUUACUUGCCACAACAACUUGUGAGCGACAAAUCUGGAUUAACCCAUUCGCCCCUGAACCGCCCGUAACCGCCCGUAACCGCCCGUGUGGAUCCAGGUCCUUUCUACCCUUUGUAACGUCAUCAGUUUUAACGGUCAAGGACAACUUUCUUCGCUAACUUGUGCAGAGUGAAGAGAUCUUUCAAACCAUACCAGAAUGAGCACAAUUCAGUCAAGGACACCGGAGAAAGAAGCAAAAAACCAUGUGACAAGGACCUGAAAAUCUCCAUGAAAAUCUUGUACCAUUACCCACCUACCUUUCCUUUCACCUAAUCCUAAGAUCCUAAAAGCUUUCCUAAAAACUCUUCGCACCAAAAUGAAGCCUACUAAAUGCCCAGCAAGAGAAAAAAAAAUGAGGCAAGAAAAGCGAAAAAAGAAAGGAGGAGAGAAAGCGAAAAGUAAAAGUCAAGACUGCUGUGUCACUUUUAAACCCAAAAACUAUGUCGAAAUUUUGCUUUCUGCGCAUGCCCGAACUUCGCAAGCUGAUAUUUUGCAUCUGGAUCAGAAGGCCGCCAAGUGUACGACCUGUAAACCGGUUUGUGGUAAGUUUUAGCUCUUGCUAGCAUGACAGUGACCAGAAAACCACUCGACUAGCUUCAAAAUGCGUUUUUCGGCAAAAUCUCCAGGAGCGAAUGGGUUAAUAAGAAAAAAAUAUUUUCUAUUUAUUGUCAUAAGUUUCUCUUGAUGUAUUAAAUGGUGUUUCUAUGGUGUUAAAAGUCUCAUUUAAUCCCAAUUUAAUUAAUAUGAAAAUUAUUUUUAUUACUUUGUUGUUUAAGAACACUCCAGCAGAGAAUUGUACAAACUGAAGCAUCUGCAUGAUAUCCUAACAAACCAAUCUAAACGGUAUGUGAGUGUUGCUCACAAUAAUUAUUGAUCUCACUCCCUGCCAGUCCACAGUUGGAAAGGCAAAUCUUUGCAGACAGUUUUAAUGUUUCCUUGUUAGGGUAUAUUAUUUGACUUGUUCACUUUGUAAGUCACACAAAUUUCUCUAUUUAUAAAAACAUGGCACUUACAUUCCUCUGUUAUUUUAAGUCCAUUAUACCAGAUGGUCUUUGUCUAAUUGUACCACAUGGUCUUUAAUUAAUGGUUACGUAAUUUCCUGUACGAAAACUGUUUGCCUCAAUAUGUUUUGGCUGCCCAACAGUUGUGCAGUUUUUAAGCAGAACUGCGUGCAAAGAGCCAAAAGUUGCACAGUGAAACCAGCAAAGUAAUGGACUAGUCAUUUGUUCCAAUACAGCAAUUUGUCAACAAUAUUUCAGCUUUUUGUUUAUGUUUAGUUGUUUUGAGAUUAUUAUUGCAAAUCAUUUCACAGACUUUCUUGAGUCUAAAAUGGCUAAACAUGUGCAUACCACAACCUAAAGAUUUGAAGCUGCUGUUAUACAUUUUAGCUUUUAGUAAUUUUUCAGUGUUUGUGAUAUCCAGAAAUAGAAGGUGUUAGUUGAUAUUAUGAGCAAUUAAAUCUAUUUAUCUCAAAAAUAAUUAUUAUAGGCUUUCAUUGCAAGCAUUGGAAAACAGUGGAAAUGUGCUGAAAAAGCUCAUCACUUUAAAACCUGUAAGUGUUGCGUGAAUGGAUAUUACAAAAUAUUUAAGGUUUUUUUUUUACAAAAUUGAGCUCUUUUUGGAUUGCAGCUAUUAGAUCCCUUGUUUCUUUCAACCCUGAUGUACAAGUGUAUGGUCAUAGUUCACUUAAUAAAAAUGAAAAGAUAUAUAUAUGAUGGUUACGUGUAAUUUGCCCUAAUGAAUAACAAGAAGCAAGAGUGCAUUAGUAUUCUGGUGCUCCCUGCACAGGGUUCGUAUGUGUCUUGAAAACCCUUGAAAUCCCUUGAAUUUUAGAGUCCUUCUCCUUUUUCAAGGGUUUGAAAGACUUGAAAUUCUUCUGCAUUCAUUUUGGUCUUUGAAAGUCCUUGAAUUUAAUUGAGGAACAUUUUUUAAACCUCCAAAAAAAUUUGCAAAUACUGGUUUGAAGCCAGCAGAAUAAAAUCUGCAUUGAGGAAACGAAAGUCAGGUAUGGACUCACAUACGAAUUUUCAAAAUGGUUGCCCCAAAGAGCAAAAGCUGAUUAUUAUCAAAAUAUAUUCAUAGUUUAUUUGGAAUGUGUGUUAAGGUCCUUGAGAUUUUAAAAUGUGGUCCUUGAAAGCCCUUGAAUUUUAUGUGGGAAGAAGUGUACAAACCCUGCCUGCAGCACAAACCUCACAACACUCACACCGCGGGUGGGUAACUAGUAUUACCACUCAACCCUAUGGUAUGCCUGUCAACUCUCUUGCAUUAUGCAUGAGUCUCAUGCUUGCAGACUAAAGGCAUCAAUCUCAGUUAUCAAGGUAAACUUCUCACAUCUACUCACAAAUCCGGAUGAAUUGCUCUUUAACACAUGAUUACAGUUUCCCUGUAAGUAUUCCAAAAAGACACCUUAAGUUGGACUGUAUCACAGCAUGUUAAAAUUGUUGCUUUUCAAAUACUUUCGAAAAUUCUCCAAAGUCAUUGGAACAUCCUCAGAAAUUUUCGAUAACAUUUGUAAGUCUGACUAAAAUCAUCAGAAAUCUUCUAAGUUGCUGGGAUGUUUUCAGAAAAGUCUCAUGCAUGUGACUCAGAAAAAGUUGGCAGAUACUAUGGUUUCAGUGAGAUGGGUGACAAGGAAAUUGGGGCAUAUGGGUCUUUUGGCUGCACUGCCAUUAGGGCAUGUCAAUGGGUUGUUUGCUUGGUACAUGGAUAAGGGGUCUCAAAUUCUGUUAAAUAAGGCUCCCAUCCUACACUUACAACCUUAUGGUGAAGGUUUGUGACAGAUGAUUGUGUAACUUAUUGGUAAACUUGCAAUUUUCUGAAUUGCACAGAGAAGGGAAGUAUUAGUGGUUGUGGGUCAUUUGUCUUAUAAAUACUUAGAUCUAGCCAUGUACUCAUUUUGACAGCCAUCCGUCCCCACACCACCAGCACCUCCAACACCAUCAGGUGGUGAUGUUUCCAAUGUGACCACCAAGCCAGGUCCAACAGCCUCAACAACAACUACAGCAUCUACGGUAGUGCUUACCCAAGCCAUCUGCAAGCCAUUAUAUGAUGCUGUUUCAAGACAUGCGAAGUCCCCUAUGCUGAGCCAUACAUUACAAAGGACAUUCUCACCACUCCUGCAAGCUAUGGAAGGACCCCCUAUAACGUAUGUCAGCAAGUUAAUAGUUAUUAAGUGGUAUAAAACACAACAUCAGUCUAUUUUCAGCUAUUGCCAGCUUGCUACUAUGUAGUUUGCAGGCACAUAACAAUGCCUUUUUAUAACCUACCUGCUAUGUGAUGUUAUGUUAACAAAAUCUACUUGGUAGUGUUGCUUUUGUUAACCCUUGAAGUCCCAAUAUUCACAAACAAAUUCUCCAAACUGAUCUCCAUACAUUUUGUUAACGAAUGAGUUGAAAGAAUUUGUUCAAAGAUCAGGGCAUUUUCUCUUUGGUAAUCAUUUUGUCAAUUCUCAUAACCGUAUCUCUUGACAAUAUACGGAUAUUAUCAGGAGAAAAUUGAUGUUGGUCACUAUUGGGGCUUAAAGGGUUAAGGGAAACCAGAAAAAUGUGGUGUUUGUCGUUUUGCUGACAUGUCUGUUAGCUCAUAGCUGUUAAUUGAACUGGUUGCUAGCCCUUCCUUCAGGUUUAAGAAUAAAAUAUUCCUACUCUAAUGAAUUACAGCAGUAAGUUUACCGGUAAAUCAGGCGCUUGGUAACUUGAAGCCCGAGCUAAACCAAAAUUGACUUUUACUGAAUUUGUAAACGUUUUAAGUUAAUACAAUCAUUGAUAAAAAUGCAAGGAAGGGGUUUUUCAAGUACUACAUAAUGUAGUAUUACAUGCAUGGACUGUCAAACAGUGGUAUAUCUUUUCAGAAUCUUGGCUCUGUGUUUUGUUGAUCAAUCUUUAUAAGGGAAGUCUUCUUGAAAUUUCAGGUUUAAAGCGUGUACAAGAAAAAUAAUUAUUUGAUUUUGUACUUUGUAUAACAAUGGAGAAUUUUAUAGUAACAAGCUACUCUUGGAUUGCCUUUUUUUCAGCCCUUUACCCCCACCUGCUAAGAAGAUCAAACUGGCAGAUAGCAAUGCAAAGAAGUGUAAUGUACCACAUGUACUGCAAGGCGAGCUGGCUCGACUGUGCAGCCGAUUUCAAGUGAAGCCUGGUAUUAGCACAGGAGUUGUACAAAGCAACACAUUGCUUCAGUGCUCAAUAAGUAAGCUAUACAGUGGUCUUACAGACCCUUCUUUAAGACAGUUAAUGAGUUUGUGAGCACUUAGUGAAGCUCAAGAUCCACAAACUCACAAGUUACCGUAGAACUCAGUUUCAUUAUUAAAUUUCAUUUGAGUGUGGCAAGACUUGGGUACUUUGUUUAGAGACUCCCCAUAAAUGACCACCCAAAAUGCAAAGAGUUAGUGGUAGCUUAUGGAAGGUGGUCACUUACGAGAGUCAAACUGCUAGAGGUCUUUUAUUAGGAGAAGUCCCAGCACAUCUAAUUUGGAGGGAAUGUAUUGCAUGCAAUUUUUAUGUUACAAUAUACAGUAAUGUAAAUCCACAUUGUUUUUAAAAAUGCUUCUCACAUACUCUGAGUAGUGUAGUACAUACACUGAACACAAAGAUCAGACCAUUGUAUCAGGUGGUUGCGUAGAAGAGGUUAAAGACAUUGAAAAAUCCGUCCUCCUUAAAAUUGGUUGUGGUCACAGUCGCUUACAAGAGGUGGUCAUUUACAAGAGGUUCCCACUAUAAAUCCUUCCCUUGGAAAAUUUGGUGUUUUGGAUAGGUGGUCACUUAUGGGUGGGAGGUUGUUGCUUGGGAGAGGUGGUUGGGCAUGGAGGCUCCAUCGUAUUUUAUACACCACAUGCCUUAAUGUCUGCUUAAUAGCCAAACUAUCAAGUUUAUGUGAUCUGAUAGUGAAGGUAGAAAUUUUGUUGUGAUGCAGAAUUCAAAGUGGUUUCAAUGAAAGUACUUCUUAUAGUAGACUAAUUUACCUGUUGGCUGACAUUUGUGUUUGCAACUCUAUUUUAAAUUUAUUGUUAUUUAUAUUGCAGAUGAUCUGAAUCUGCCAGCAGUUCCACCGAUAGAAAUCAGUGUUCCAUCCAACUACCCAUAUUCCAGUCCAGAGUGCAAGACUUCUAAUUAUAGUAUGUUUCUUAUUGGAUCUGAAUCCCCCAAUUAUACUAGUUUGCACAGCGAGGAACGUUCCCUAUACACUUGCCUCAUUCUGGUGACACAAUGAACACUGCAGUUUUGGCCAGUACCUUACAAUACUCUUGACAUGAAACUGCCUAAAAAUAAUCGAAAUAUUAUUGAUCUUUAAUCAUGCUUCUCUUUCUAGAUGCCAAUCCAUUUCUUCAGAAAGUUCAGAGGCAGCUCUCUUCGCGACUUCAGCGCAUGCCUGAAAUGUACUCAGUUACUUCUGUGUUGGAUGCUUGGGUAAGUGAUGCCUCUAGAUCAAACACCUUGAAUGCUAAAGUUUUUAAAUUCAGUUUACUGAAAAGUUGGAAGCUGAUACCCUGUGCUAAAGUGGACACGAACAGCCUUUAGCCCUUAACUUUUCAAAACAAACAUGUAUUUUAAGCAGACAACUGUGAGGAUCCCAUUAGUGCUUGGUACAGUUUUCACCAUAUAUGGUAAUUUUAAAGUCUUGCAUUAUAUACUAAUAAAUGCUGAUAUAUGUUUUGCAGGAGUCAAGUAUACGACUUGCAUGCAAGGCAGAGGUUGCAGUAAAGUAAACAUGAUUUCCCCUUACAAACUUUAAAGUGCUUGUGGGUGUAAAGAUUUAUUUUAUUAGAAAAAAUGAGAUAUUUAUUUAAGGUAAAAUAAUGUUCUAAAGCUGUAGCCUUAAGAAAAAAGAUAACAAUGCAGUGAAACCUUUCUUUUGGGACACCACCAUUCAAGGGACACAAAUGUUACUGACCAAUAUGGCUCAUAUAAUGUUGGUAUUAGUAAUGUCCAUUGAGGCGUGCCUAUUUUUGCAACACUCAAAUGUCCUGGACCAAGGUUAUCCCCUUAAUGGUGGCUCCUCUGUUUAUGUAUGGGUGAGGUCACAUUCACCCUGUGUUGUCAAAUCAUAGAAAACUGGAUCUUGCAUGGAAAAAUAAAUUAUGCAUGCAAGGUUGAUAAAUACAAAAAAAGGACAAGGCAUUGCAGAAUAGGGUCCAUAGUAUGUUUUCCCACUUCAUGUUUUUAUGUUAUUAUUUCGUAACCUUGAUUGAAGCCUUAAGUGAAAAAAAAUAUUAGACUUGCCAAAAGUCGACUGUGUGAGUGCUGAAAGUGCAUGGGACACUCGCAAAGCGAGCGAAUGCGAGCAACGGAAAUUGCAAGGUCUGUUUUCCAAUUCACCACCCAACUAGCAGAAACUGGAAACGGGCUUUGAGAAAGUCGAAAAAAAUAUUUGCAAUUAUUAUACAACUGCAACUUCAGUGAACUUUGUUAUUAAUGGGUACAAAGAAAAAGUGUCAAUUAUUUUGAGACAUGACGGUCUUUUAAUGUUUUUAUUGUAGGCAUAUAAUUAUCAUAUGCCCA